CAAGAAAUCGAUUAAUCGACCGAGUCUUUUUGAGAGUUGUAGUUGUUAAGUGUUCAAUACUUUAUACACAUAGAAACAAGAAAAACAAAAAAUUCAAUUGCAAAAGUCGAGUUCUCCAAAGACGACCAAUCAAAAAAAAAAAAGUCGCCCAGCACCUUCUCUUUUACUGUAUGUAUCAAGGAAAUCGUCGUGUUAGUGCAAACGAAUAAGCAAUUCCAGUAGUUGUGGGCACAGGAAGAAAUGGUAGCACAUCUCAAUCAGUUUUAUAUUAUUACAAGAGGGAUAAAGGAGAAGAAAUGAUGAAAUAUUUGAAGAUCCAUACAAAGGUCAUAAUAUAGUUAAGUUUGCCUUCAAAGACACGGGAAAAUAAGUGAAAAUAACAAGAUUUUCUUACCAGCUGCCUAAUAUACCACCCAACCACAGCAUGAUGAUUACAAUUUCAUGAAAUUCUUUCUCUUUCAUUCUUAAAGAUAUUCAACCACUAGAGACAGUGGUAUAGGGAGACACAGAGAGCGAUUCUGAUUUUGAUUGGUUUCAAACAUACUCAUAUUGAAGGAGAUAGCAAGACCGAAGUUAUUACUGGUUCAAAUAUUUCAGAGAUCAUUAAAAGGGUUUAUCAAGAACUAGUUCUGUACCUGUGGUAAUGGUGAGUUGACUUUGAGUUGCGUAUCUUGGCCGGCGUAUCGGAAUCUUUGUCUGUUCUAUUACUCCGUCAAUUAAUGGCCGCAAUUCAGCUGCUCAUCUUUCUGUUAUUCUGUUCUACACCAGAACUUCUAGUUCAUUCAAUUACAGAUGGCAGUGAUGUUGCUGUGCUCCAAUCUUUGAAGAAUAAUUGGGAGAACUCACCACCAAAUUGGAACUCAGAUGAUCCUUGUGGUACUCAGUGGGAUGGCGUUGGCUGCACUGGUUCAAGGGUUACUUCACUGGGAUUAUCCAGCAUGAACCUCAAAGGUAGACUGAGUGGUGACAUUGGAGGACUCUCUGAAUUGAGAUCAUUGGACUUAUCGUUCAACCCUGACCUGACCGGUUCUCUCACAGCAAGUAUAGGAGACCUGCAAAAGCUCAACCUUCUGAUCCUAGCUGGCUGUGGUUUCACCGGUAGCGUACCAAAAGAAAUAGGCAAUCUAGCACAACUGACCUUCUUGGCAUUGAAUUCGAACAACUUCAGCGGGGAUAUACCUCCUAGCUUGGGUAAACUCACCGAACUUUACUGGUUGGAUCUGUCAGAUAAUCAGAUCAGAGGAUCUCUCCCGGUCUCAAACGGUAGUCAACCAGGCUUGGAUCUUCUCCUCAAGGCAAAGCACUUUCAUUUCAACAAAAACCAGCUAUCCGGUCCCAUCUCUGAACAGCUUUUCAACUCCAGUAUGGUUCUGAUACACAUAUUAUUAGACGGGAACCAAAUAACCGGGAAGAUCCCAGACUCAAUUACACAGGUUUCAAAUCUUGAGGUUCUUCGACUUGAUAGAAAUAAACUGAGCGGUCCAGUACCAUCAAAGAUUAAUAGUCUCACAAAACUUAGCGAACUGCAUUUAGCAAACAAUGCUCUGAAUGGUGCAGUACCUGAUCUAACUGGUUUGACUUCACUCAACUAUGUGGACUUGAGUAACAAUGCUUUCGAUUUAUCAGAACCUCCAAAGUGGUUUUCUACAAUUGAAUCUCUUACCACUCUAGUAAUGGAAAAUGGGAAUCUUCGGGGUCCUUUGCCAACAAAGCUAUUCAGCUUUCCGGAGUUACAACAAGUGAAGCUGAAGGGGAAUCUACUUAAUGGCACUCUAGAUUUGGGCAACAGCAUCAGCCAACAACUACAGCUUGUUGAUUUGCAGAACAACCAGAUUAGCUCCGUAAAUCUAGGCCCUGGAUACACAAACCCUCUAAUACUUGUAGGAAACCCGGUAUGCAACGGUAGUCUUUCAAGUACAGAAUUCUGUCAGCUUCAUCAAGCAUUGAAAACACCACCCUACAGCACCAGCCUGGCGAAAAAUUGUAAACCCUGUCCUACUAAUCAAAGGUUCAGCCCUGCAAGUUGUGAUUGUGUCUUUCCAUAUGAAGGGAAAUUUAUUUUCAGAGCACCAUCCUUUCGUGAUGUGACAAAUGCCACUUUGUUCGGCAAACUGGAAAGCGAUCUGUGGUCGAAACUUGGCCUAGAACCUGGUAGUGUGUCCCUCGACAGUCCAGAAUUCGAUAAAGAUGACUACCUUCAAGUGGAGUUGGCUCUCUUUCCUUCUUCUCGCAAGUAUUUUAGCAGACCCGAGAUAUCGAGGUUUGGGUUUAAUCUCACCAACCAAACAUUUAAGCCUCCUCACGAGUUUGGGCCAUACUUGUUCAAAGCAGUUCCUUAUGAAUUUCAAGGUACAGGAGGGACUAAAAUAGGCAUUGGAGUGAUUGUUGGAAUAGCAGUUGGCAGUUUUAUUCUGCUCCUUGCCCUUGCUGGAGUGGCAAUCUAUGCCAUCCGGCAAAAGAAGCGGGCAGAAGAAGCAAUUGAAUUAAAUAAACCAUUUGCAUCCUGGGCUCCAAGUGGUAAAGAUAGCGGUGGUGCCCCGAUAUUGAAGGGGGCCAGAUGGUUUUCAUACGAAGAAUUAAAAAAAUGCACCAACAAUUUCUCGGACACCAACGAAAUUGGAUCAGGGGGAUACGGGAAAGUUUAUAGAGGAAUACUCACUGGCCAAGAGAUUGCAAUCAAAAGAGCUCAGCAGGGAUCAAUGCAGGGGGCGCAAGAGUUCAAAACUGAAAUUGAGUUGCUUUCAAGGGUUCAUCACAAGAACCUUGUUGGCCUUGUGGGAUUCUGUUUUGAGCAGGGAGAACAAAUGCUGGUCUAUGAGUUUAUGCCUAAUGGGACACUAAGAGAGAGUUUGUCAGCGAGAUCCGGCAUUUAUUUGGACUGGAAAAGAAGACUUCGGAUCGCUCUGGGCUCCGCUAGAGGACUGGCAUAUCUUCAUGAGCUUGCUAAUCCACCCAUAAUUCACAGAGAUAUCAAGACUACCAAUAUCCUUCUAGAUGCAAAUUUAACUGCCAAAGUUGCAGAUUUUGGCCUGUCAAAGCUGGUACAAGAUGCUGAAAAGGGGCAUGUAUCGACUCAAGUAAAAGGCACGCUGGGUUAUUUGGAUCCUGAAUAUUACAUGACUCAACAAUUAACAGAAAAGAGCGACGUUUACAGUUUUGGCGUAGUAAUGCUUGAGCUGAUAACAGCUAGACAGCCAAUAGAAAAGGGCAAGUACAUUGUUCGAGAAGUAAGGAUGGCAAUGAAUAAGACUGACGCACAUCACUAUGGCCUAUCGGAGAUAAUGGAUCCCAGUAUCAAAAAUAUUGGACACCUUAUAGGUUUUGCAAAUUUUCUGGAAUUGGCAAUGAGAUGUGUUGAAGAAACUGCGGCAGAGCGUCCAACAAUGGGCGACUGUGUAAAAGAGAUUGAAGCUAUUUUACAAAAUGAUGGGGUGGCCACAGACUCCGCUACAUCAUCUGCAACAGAUUUUGGAGCUUCAAAGGGAGUUCCCCGCCAUCCUUACAAUGAAUCUCUACCAAGAAAAGAUAUCACUGACAGUGAAUCUUUUGAAUACAGUGGUGGAAUCUCAGCAACAAUAGAGCCGAAAUAGCAACACGGUUUUACCCUUUCCCAUAAGCAAAUUGUUUUCUCCUAUCACUAUUUGUUUGCCGUGUGAAUCCUUAAAGAAAAUCAUACUACAAGAUGAAAAUUGCACAAGCCACCAAAUUAUCUUAUAUGUGUAUUUUCAUCUUCUUCUCUGUAUCAAUAUCCAAGUAUCGAUCCAACUUAUACUCAUUUGCACUCCUCGUGAUGUAAUUAUUGUCAACAAGGAGAUUUUGUUUUAUUUUGAUGAUUUGAUCAGUGUUGGGUAGAUAAUACUUCUACAAGUUUAGUGAUUUUUUUUGUC